AUCAGCUGUGUCCAAUCACAGCUGAUCGCGAGCUAUCACGCUGACAGCUCAGGGGGCAUGUACACUGAUCAUCAGGGCACUGAUGAUCAGUGUAGCCCCAUCAGUGCCAUCUGUCAGUGUCUAUCAAUGCCACCUGUCAGUGCCCAUCAAUGCCUCCUGUCAGUGCCCAUCAGUGCGACAUCAAUGCCACAUAUCCACUGCCUUUCAGUGCCACCUAUCAGUGCCAGUCAGUGCUGCCUGUCAAUGCCACCUAUCAGUGCCUGUCAGUGCCGCCUA